AUCAAGCAAGCAGUGCAAAAAGCAGAUACAACCAAAUACAUCAUGAAAUAUCUUAUCGUACUCGUUGCCAUCGUAGCUCUGGUCGCUGCCGAUCAGGUGCAGCUGACGGACGAGCAGAAGGCCCGGGCAAAGGCCAAUGCUGGCGCCUGCAUUGAGCAGGAGGGAGUCGCCAAGGAGCAGGCCAUGGCUCUGCGUGAGGGCAAAUUUGAGAAUGUGGAUGAUAAGGUCAAGUGCUUUGCCAACUGCUUCCUGGAGAAGUCCGGCUUUUUGGUCGAUGGCCAGAUCAAGCCCGAUGUCGUCUUGGAGAAGAUAGGCCCGAUUGUGGGCGUGGAAAAGGUCAAGGCAGCCCAGGAAAAGUGCGAUUCGUUGAAGGGCACCGAUAAAUGCGAUACUGCCUUCCAGUUGUAUCAGUGCUACUACAAGCAGAAUACCCAGAUCUAAAUCAACUCAAAUCCAGCACCAAGUAUAACGUAACCAGAAGUAUUUGUGAACUAUCAGCUAGAAUGUGGAAAGCAGCCGACAGCAAAAUGAAUGUGUAUAUAAAAUGAAUGUAAAUAAAUAAAUCUGAGCUUCCUAAAAAAUAAA